GACAAAUAAAGAUAUUACAUAGGGAAAUAAAAUUAUAUAUUGAAAAAAAAUUGUAUUUAAGAUUUACAUGCUAUCCGAAGAUACAGUGCCGCAUUCGGCAGCUACAUUUGAAGAUAAAUUUCAGUACAUUAUUGAAGAUGAAAAUAUUGAUAAAGAGCUACAGUACGAAAAAGAAAAUACAGGAAUAUCACAACCUAAGAAAAAUUCAAAAUUUCAAAAUAAUUUAUCAAUUACGGUGAUACCUUCUGCAGCCCAUAUUCAAAAGGAAAAUAAAACAUGCACCAAAACAGAAUUAAGGGAUUUACCGACAGCAAUUUCAAUAAUAUCAACAAAAACUGCUAAUUCAGCAGUUACAGUGGAUAAUGGAAAUAGUUCUAUUGAAACGAAAAUUUUCACAAAUAAAAACCUUAGUUUAGAUCAAGAAAAAUCGCUUGAAAAUUCUUAUAUAUCACAUCAGGCAUUAACAAAUUUUUCGGCUAUAACAAGAACAAAAAAUUUGCAAACAUUUAAAAUAGGAGUUUUGAAUAGUAAAUACCGUUGUAUAGAAAAUAUAGAUAAAAAAACUUUUGCCGAAAAAAGUUAUAGUAAUGACACUAGACCAACUAUUACUGACAGGGAACAAAAAGAGUUAUUAGUAAGAGAAAAUGAAAAACAUGUAGUAAGUAAAGUAAGCAAUAUCAAAACAUCACCAACUACAAUGCUAACAACACAGUACCCAUUUUUGUUAUCACUCCCCCAGCAGCAGUCAAACAAUAAUCAACAAAAACUAGAACAUCACGAAUUUAUGAACAAUGCAACAACAAGUGGUAGAAUUAAUAUAUUACAAUCAAUGCAACAAAAUAAUACAACAAUUACGACAACAAAUUUAUCAUCAAAUAUAAAUAAUGUCUUUUUAACAUCCGAACUGUCACAUGCAAUAAAUAACACUUCUCAAAAUCAAGAUAAGAAUUGUAAUAGUAACAAUAGUAUUAUUAACAAAAAUAAUAACAACGGUAACAUAAACAUUAAUAAUAGUAAUAAUAAUAACAGUAAUAAUAAUGAAGCUUCUGGUAGAUCAGCGGCUCUGGAACGUGCUUACGUUCAUGAUGUUUAUGAAAAUUGCGAAGAACCAACCGGCCCGAUUAGGCCAAAAGUCGCACAGUUUUUAUCUGGUUUAGAACCUGGCUCAAUUGUCUGUGAUGUUGGAUGCGGUAAUGGUCGUUAUUUAACUGCAUGUAAUCCAUAUAUAUGUACUAUUGGAGUUGAUCGGUGCUUCCGGUUAGCCAAAGCUGCCAGAGGAAAAGGUGGCGAGGUAGCUCUAUGUGAUAAUUUAGAAUUACCAUUUCGAGACGAAUCAUUUGAUGCUGUUUUAUCAUUGGCAGUAGUUCAUCAUUUUGCCACAACCGAACGUCGCGUAGGUGCAAUACGUGAAUUAGCUCGAAUACUAAGAAUUGGUGGGCGAGUUAUUAUAAGCGUUUGGGCGUUAGAGCAACGGCAUCGGCGUUUUGAGUCACAAGAUGUUUUAAUACCAUGGCAACCACCAAAAAGUCGAACCACAAAUUAUUCAGACGAAGAGGAUGAAGACGAGUUUUUGCCGCCUUACCAUGCCUAUAUGGAGGAUUCUACAAAUUCAAGUCGAUCAGCCGGUGAUGGUGAUAGUUCAAGCUUAUCUUCAUCGUCACCAGGUGAAUCAUGUUACAGUUUUGUGAGAAGGGCUAUUCAGAAACUGGCUGGGGGACGUAAAAGACACCAAUGGUUUUUAGAUUCAUGGACUUCAAAAGAAACUAAAAACGAUAGUAGUCUUGACUAUGAGGAUGCUAAAGAUUUACCAAUUGAAUUACGGCGUCUAGAAGAUUUUGAAGACCUUCCUGAUCCCCCACUUUCAGCAGGUUUAAAAUCACGCAGUCUGGGCAGUAUUUUAAACCCACCACCAAGGCAAAUAGUCCGUUCUAGAUCAAGUGUACCAAGCUUGGGUGGAACUGUAGCAUCACAACAAUUUGUUUUCCCAGAUCAAAAGCAGCAACUAUUAGGUUAUAAUAACAACCAUAUUUUGUCUAUAACAUCAUCACAGUCACAUUUAGGUACUAAACCAAAUGCAAGUAACAUUGGGAUUUUAUCAAGUACUUCUGGCGAAAACAACAUAAAACAACAACAAUCGAAUAAUGUUUCACCAACAAAAGUUUUAGUUGGUAGUACCAGUGCAAGUGGGAACAGUUGUAUAAAUAGCGGUGGACCAUCAUCAUCCACUGGUACACCCACAAUGAGUAGAAGGCCUAAAUUGAUAAAACAAAAACAAUCGCUAUGUGAUGAUGAUUUUCAACUGCCAGAUAAUCCAUUUCAUAUGUUAAAUAAUAAUAAUACUAAUAAUAAUAAUAAUAAUAACAAUAGUAAUAAAAAUAAUAAUAUUAUUAAUAAGGAAAAUAAUAAUAGUAAUAAUAAUAACAAUAAUAAUAAAAAUAAUAAUAAUAAUAAUAAUAAUAAUAAUAAUAAUAAUAAUAAUGAUAAUUGUUUGAAUAGUUUCAAUAAUGGUAGCAGUAGUAAUUUAUUAAACAAUUUAAAUGCGAAUAAAAAUAGCAACUUAGGUGCCAGCGGAAGUGGUCACGUGAACUUACAAACAAAAUUAUUUCAAAAACAAUUUUCCGAUUCUAGACUACUUUUAAGAAAACAGAGUUCUCUUAACGAAGAAUUAAUGGCAGAAAAUCGUUUACGUGAAAAGGAGCGUGUACGCAAGCGUAUACAAAAACAGAUGUCUUUAAAUGAAGCAUUUUUAUGUAGGUCUGUAUUUACAAAACGCCUACAAAUUAUUAGAGAAGGUUUUACUACUAAAUUGAAAACUUCGACUGGUAGUUUAGAACGCGUAACGAAAAAUAGUUUAGUUAAGAUAAUGAAAAAUUUUCAAGCUGCUAGUCAAUUUGGAUCGUCAACUUCAUCAAGUACUGAUGUAAACACGUUUAAUAAAAGUGAUUCAACUUCAAAUUCGGCGAAUAAUCUAUCGCGUUCGAAAUAUGGAGGCAUAUCAAGAAAAAAUAGUUGCCAGAAUAGUUUAUUGAGUGGAAAAUUGGCUAUGCAGCAUUGUAUUACGGCUGGUAGUCAUAAUACUUCCAGUGGCGCAUGCCCUAAUUGCAAUAAUGGAAGUGGAGGUUCAGGCAGUGGUGGCAGUAGCAAUAGUAGUAAUAGUAACGAUGACCAAAAUAGUAAACCAAGGCGCCAUUCAAGAGAAAGUGGCUCAGAUUCGUCAAAAGAUAGUAGCCUACAAUCUGAUACUAGUAUUGAAUCUGAAGAUAGUUUUGCUUCAGUUAUAUUUAUACCCAAACAAGAAAACCAGCAGCCGCUGCAUUCUCUGCAACAACAUUAUAAAUGCCAUCAACAUAAUGGGAACGGAGCAUCAACGACAUGUAAUUGUUAUUCAGGACGGAAUUACAUGAAUGGUGGCAAUAUUGUCCCAUCAGUGCCAACAUCUCCACUUAUAAUGCCAUGUCCUCCAACUCCAGCUCAUUCACCUGCAGCUUUAAAUUCUAAUAAUUACAGUGGGAAUUUAGGUUCAGUUAUAACAUCACCUCCUUUACAAUUAGUAAGUGGAAUGUUAUUAUCGCCUCCAAAUUUAAAUAUGCAAGCCAAUUUUAUAAAUAAUGAUGAUGAAAUCUAUAAUUCUUCAAUUAUUACAAAUAAUUUUGAAAAAAUACAGGGAUCCAAUAGAUUUACAUUUGACGAAGAACAUAUUUUGGCGCAGCAAAGUUUAAAUUCUGGGACAAAACAAAUUAAUGGGUCAAAUGAUGAAACUGGUGCAACCACAAUUUCGAUAGCUCCAGAGUUUGUCAAGUCAGAAGAAAAUUCAGAGGUGAGAAAAGUGGAAAUAAUUGAGGAGAUAUCCCCUAUUAGUGCAGGAGCAAUUAAAAAAAAAUUACUACCUAAAAUAACACGGCAAUCAAUAAAAGAUUUGCCCCCAAUUCCAAAAUUUCGGAAAAAUCAUUCUUUACCAAUUGUCAAAACGAGUUAUCCUAUAAUAAGACGAUCGUCAGCAUCUCCUGCAAUAGCGAAAUUACAAUCCUUAGAAAUAUUCAAUCCAGCUACAGAUGAUCUCGAUAGUGAUUCAAGUGAAGCGUCAUCGCCAGAUUCAAUUGACAGUGUUAUUGAUGUUAGACCUACAUCAGGUUUAUCUUCAGGCGAUUCUGGCACAGAUACUGUUAAUAAAUCAUCCGCGUCAGGUGGUACUACAAGGAAACCUGAAACCCCUUUACUUACGGAGGCUUCAUUCGCAGUAAAUGCCGAUACACAACGGGUCAAAUUACAGCAUACUAAAAAAUACCAUUCAUUAGACUUACCUAAUUCAUCGUCAAGUACAACAAUAGGUGCAACUUCUUUAAAUUCUUUAAAUCAAACGGGUAGUACAGACGAUGUUAAAAAAACAGGUGGUCUUCCUAGUUGCAUUAGCAAAUUUUGUAGUAUAAACAGAAGUAAUGAAUUGAUCAAAGCAAAUCAAGAACUUUUAUCAAAAUAUUCAAACAAUAAAGAUAGCCUGAUGAUAAAUACCUUAGACAUUAAAAAUGUUACAAGUAAUAGUUUUACAAAUUUAAAUGACACAUCAACUACAUACAACAAAGUAGCGACUACAUCGCGUCAAGAACUUAUUGAUUUUGCUGAACAAUUAAGUGCUCAAUUAUUAAAACGUUUAGAUGCCGAUGCAAACAAAAAUAAAAGAUUAGACGAUUCACCACCUCAACCUGACGGUGAUUCCGGAACAUACAGCAGUGGAUAUUUAGAUGAAUUCCUUGAUGAUGUACCUUACACUUCAAGGUCCUCGUUUCGUCAUAGUGGUAACGAAGCUCGAGAUCUGGCUGAUUGGCGGGAAGAGUUAAGAGAGCGAAGAUUAAAUUUAGCAAAUUUGUCAACUCAAACAAGUCAACGACAAUCCCCAAUAUCUUCAUCUACUUCAUCUUUAUCGUCUCAAACAGCUCGUAGUUAUACAAUUCAUGAAGAAGAUGAAGAUAUUGAAGCAGCGGAUUCCAGCACUGGCUAUUCGUCAUCAACAGCACCAAUCGGUAACCUCUACGAAAAUCGUAGUAAGAAUUUAAAGUAUAAAAGAAAUUCAACAGCGGGUAGCAGCUAUAUUGAUUACAGAAAUUAUAGUAUUUAUCCAGAAACUGCAUAUUUAAUACAAGACGGUGAUGGUGAUAGUUUAUCGCGCGACGACGAUGACCCCUAUGAAGAUAUGGACAACAAUAAUGUCAUCCCCGAAGAAGAUGAAGAUGAGUAUGAUCGAGAUGAGAAUGCCUAUGAAGAUGAAGAUGAGAACGGUUACUCUAAGAAAACUAAUCGUAAUACGAUACGUUGUCAGGAUUCUUCAGAUUCUCCACUGGAAGAUUUAGGAACACCUGAAAAUGAUGCAAGAAUGGAAAAGAAUGAUCCAACGAUAUGUAAUAAAGAUACUGAUGGAGCAGUGGACGAAUGCAUCGCAGAUGCGAAUGGUCACAACAAUACUGAGGGCGUUGUAAGUGGGCGUGAAUCUUGGGCCUUGACAAAUAGUUCAAAUUCAUUAGAUAGCCCUUCUCAAAGUGGUGGUUCAACGACGCAUCACCGUUACUAUCAUGUGUUUAGAGAAGGUGAACUAGACGCAUUAAUAAAUCAUCACGUUACGAGUUUACAUAUCGUUUCAUCUUAUUAUGAAAGAGCAAGUUGGUGCGUUGUUGCGGAAAAGGUUCAAGUUUGGACAAUAUAAUUUUAUAGUGAAUGAUAUUUCACGAAGACAUAUGAUCAAGCUAAUAUUUUUAGCUAAAUAAUUUGUAUCUUUUUUUUUUUCAAAAACUUUUAUAAAGUCAAUUUAAAAAAUGUGUAAAAAGGUAGUGUUCUCUAUUAUAUUUGGUAAAGUAGUUAUUAUACGAGAAUGUUUCAAAGACAUUCAUUUAUUAUUGUAUAGGUCUUUAAUGUAUAUUUUAAUUUACUUUUCAUCAUCUAAUUAAGAUUAAAAAAACUAUUAAUUUUUCUUAAUUUUUUUUAAUAUGUCUAUGUUUUCUAUUUUUAUUUUUUAUUACAUUAAUAGUCUAAGUUUGAAAACAAUAUUCAUCUAAUUUAUUGAUACUCAAUUUUUCCAAACGUCUUCCCCAAUUGAAAUAGAUAUAUAUACCAACAAGUGAAGAAUUACAUUUAUGCUGGGUGGUUUUAUAUAAUAUAGCUAGAUUUCUAUAUUAAAUUGACAUUCUUAAUUAAAAAUUAAAUACUUUGCGAACUUGAAAACAACUAAAAUGUUUGUGAGCUUUGUUAUUUCCGAAUUUUUAGAACAUACAGGUCAGUUCCGAGAUUGCUAACAUUUCAAUGCACAUUUCUUGCUAUAGUUUAUAAUCUUAUAUCAUUCAAAUUUCGUGUUUUUAUUUCGAAGAAUUACAUUUUGCGUUUUUGCAAAAAUUCAAACGAGUGUUUGCAAAUAUUUUUAUAAGUAUUUUUGCGUAAUCUUAAACAACAUACAUAUGCAUAUAUAUUUUCAACAAUACACAUACAUAUGUGUAUAUUUUAGUUUUAAAAACCCGUAUUUUAGUUUUAAAAAGUGAUCAAGUUCACAUUAAAAUAAGUUAUAAGGUUUCUUAAGCGAAAUACAUACAUACAUAUGUACAUAUAUAAGCUAAAAUCUAAAUCACAGUCAAAAUGAUGCAAGAAAAAAAAUUUUGGUUUAAAUAAAAAUUAAACAAAAUGGUUUUAAAAUUAUUAUCUUUUAAUAUUUAUUCUUAAAUUACAUUCAAUUUUCAACAAAAUAAAAAAACUUAUUUCAUUCUAAGAGCUAUAACAAAAAUAAUAACAAAACAAAAAAAAUGUCAAUAACUUAUCUAACAGUGAAAAUGAUGCAAAGUAUUUUCAUUUGAAACUACAAAGUAUAGAUUCUUAUUGCAAAUGAUUAAAUCCUAAAUUAGUAAUCUUCUUUAUUUUCUAAGACAAUAUUAUUUUAUUUUAUUUGUUAUUUUCUCUUUGGCAUAGAUUUAAUGAGGUUGGUGGUGUAAGAUGGUUCAAUAUCUUUUCACUCUUCCUGUAUCAUUUAUUAUUUAUCAUUUAGAUCAUUUUCAUUUGAAAUUUUGUGCUUGCGAACUUCUUUUUCUAACACACUCCACAAAUUUUCAAUAACAUUAAGGUCAGGAGACGGCGAAGGGGUUUUCAUGACAUGUGCGCAAUCAUACAAUAGCCAUGACUUUACGUUAUGUACAGUGUGCGUGGGAUCGUUCUCCUGAUAGUACUACCGAUUCCCAAUUUUUUUGCACUGCUUGCAAGAUUUUCUUUUAAAAUGUUUAAAUACAUUGAUGCAUCAAUUUUACCUUCGAUAAAUUUUAGGUUCCCGUCACCGACAGAUAACAUAUAACCCCAUUCGCAAAUAUGACCACCACCAUGUUUAACUGUUCUGUUAAUGUUAGACGUUUUUACGGCCUGAUUAUGUUUUCUCCACACAGUUCUCAAAAUCUUUGUUAAUGUGUACUCUAGCCAAUUGCAAUCUUGAUUGUAUAUUUUGAUUUCAAAACAUUUCUUGCUAUUCUGCCGUGAAAAUCAUUACGCCUUAGGACCUUUCUUACUGUUUUAGCUUCGCAUUGUUUGCCUAAGUAUAUUUCCGCCCCAGCUGCUAUUUUUGGUGCACUUAACUUCGGGUUUUAUCGAACUUUCUUUAAUAUAAACCAAAGUAUAUCUACUAAUAAGUAAUUCGACUCGUUCCAUCCCGUUAGUUUUCAUUUGCAUCUUGCUUCCAAAUUCUUAAAAUAUUCCAUUUUUUUUUUUAGAAAUAGAUGGUAAUAAGAGUUGUGUAGGCAAGAAAGAAACAAAAACGAGUGUAUGAAAACAAACGAGUGUAUGAAAAACAUUGAACUGAAAUAAAAUUAUAUUAAGUUAGGUAAAAAUUUUGUUUUGAUAAUGACAAAAUUUAUUUUUCAUUUUUUAAAGUUAGGUAAAAAAUUCGAAUGUAUUAAAGCAAAAGAGUUUGAAAUUUCAUGUAGGAAUCGACACAUGCAUGUACGUGGUACAGUAGAUACGCAGUAUAAGGUGGUGACAUAGAAAUAAAGUAAUUUAUAAAGAAUAAAAGGUGUAUACUGAUUACUUUAUGAAAUAUAGUUAUUACCGAUUAAUUUAAAAGAACAAACCUCUCCACAUUUCUUGGCAACAAAUUAAAUUUUCGUGUCGGCUUUUUCGCCUCACACACAGUAUUACACCCCAAACAUUUCAAAUAAAAUAUUACAAAAAAAUUUUUUUUUCACAACUCCUUAAAAUUUUUUUUAAUAUUAUACGUCUUUUUAAAAUUUAUUUUUAUUAUUUUUCAUAUAAAUUAUAAUAAUUUUUUUUUAAACACUUUUUUUCCGCUUCGCUUUUAUAAUAUAAAUACACCUUUUUUGCCACCUUGUACUGGAAUGAAUUACAGAAAUUAUUGUGUCGCUUUUAAAAUUCUUAAUAUUUUUCCCUAUACUUUAUAUACGAGCAAAUAAUAAAGUGUCGCCUUUCAAAAUACAUUAUAAAAAAACAGGUUGACAUCUAUUGCGUACUCUUUCCCUCUCCCAAAAAUUCUUAUGUGUAUAAAAAUGAAAAUAACAAGGUAUACUGCUUAACUCUUUUAACUAAGGGAAUUUUUUGUAUACAAAUAUUGGUGAGUGAUUGCAUUAGUGUGAUGUAAACGGAGAGUCGAACUACUUGUUAGUAGAUAUACUUUGAUAUAAACCUUUCAUCUGUAGCGUUAAAGACUUUUUGAGCUACAUUUUUGCUUACUUAGCACUCUAUCUGUUUUUCAUAUCUUUCGAUGAUAUGCUAGAUAGUUAAGCGUGGUUUGUUCAUAAUUUCACUUAAUUUACUUUAGGUCUUGCCAUUUCUGAAAUGAUGCAAUACCAAUUCUCUUUCUUCUAAAGUAGUGUGCUUCCAUUGUGUAAAAUACCUAAUCUGCUUUAUUUUAAGUUAGCGUCUAACUCAUUAAAACACUAAAUAUGAACGACUACAAUUAAAUCUUACGUAAAUACAAAAAAAUGGCUCCAAAAACGGUAGAAUCUCUUUUUUACAUAAAAUUGUACCGUUUGCAUCAUUUCCAGUGUGAGAUUAAUAUUUUUUUUUGUUGUUUUUUUUCUAAGUUUUUUUGUAAUGAAAUAUUUUUUUUAUUUUCCUAGAAAUUAAUUGUACUUUAAGAAUCAAUGAUAAAAAGUAAUAAUUUUCAAAAUAUUAUAUUCAUUUUUUAUCUAAAGCAAAAUUUUUUUUCUUGCAUCAUUUUGACUGGGAGACACUGUGUAUAUACACACAUGUGUAUGUUUUUUAAAUACCAACACAAAAGUGCAUAAUUUAUUAUUGUAGUUAAUUUUUUUUCUGCAUCCUUUCAUUAAUUUUUUGGCAAUCUUUUUUAUUUUAUUUGUACAAAUAGUUUUCUUUAAUUACCAAAAUUUGUAUGUAUAUCAGUAUUUGAUGAUGAGACAAUGAUCUCCAAACGCGUCUACAUAUUAUGAUCUAAGUAAAAUAAAAAGAAAUUUAAUACAUACAAACAUAUGUAUCUAUAAAUUAUGUUUUUUUUUAUAAAUAGCUUAACAUACGAAAGUUAUAAUAAUAAUUUUUUUUGUUUCUUUAAUUAAACGCACUCAGUAAGUAACUCAAAAAGUUUGGUUGUUAUCAAUUUCUAAAUAUGUAUAUUCUUAAUAACUAUUUUAUUCUUCAAUUAGUAAAUUGCAUCAUCCAGUUCAUUUAUAUUAUGUAAUUUAAUUUAGGUAUAUUUUAUCUUGAUUUUUGAAUUUUAUUUUUUUAAAUUUUAAAAGUAAGUUAUUCAAAAAUA